UGAAAGCCUGAAGAUCAACCAGAAGGAAAAGCUGUUCGGCCUCCAUCGGAAGACCACUUUAACCCGCUCUUUAGCCAAGCCGUGGGGGUCGGGGAAAGCUCGCGUGGGGAAGCAGGGGGCCCCCAACAUUGUCUUUCUCAAGACCCACAAGACAGGAAGCAGCACCGUGCAGAACAUACUUUUCCGUGCUGCCGAGCGGCGCAGCUUGGCCGUGGCCUUCCCCCGCUACUCCUAUCAGUUUGCGUACCCCGAACGCUUCUCCAGGGACUUUGUGGAAGACCUCCCACCAGGGGCUGCCCAUUUCAACUUGCUUUGCAGCCACAUGAGACUGGAGGCCGGGGAAGUGCAGGCCGUCGUCCCCUCUCCGAGCGUCUUCCUCACCAUCCUGCGUGACCCAGUGCGGACUUUCGAGUCUGUCUUCCACUACUACCGAAACAUCGUGCCCGCCUUCCAGCCGCUGGCCAACCACUCCAGGCCGCUGCUCGCUUUCCUCGAGGCGUCCAGCCAGUACUACGACGCUCAAGAUGUCAGCAACGGGCUCGCCAGGAAUCCCAUGACUUUUGACCUGGGCUUGAACGCGAGCCAGGAAGUGGCGCCGGGCAGCCGGUGGGCCAGCGAGCUGGAAAGACUCAACCAGACCUUUCAGCUGGUGAUGAUCGCGGAACAUUUCGACGAGUCCUUGCUUCUCGCCCGGGAAUUGCUCGGGUUGGACAUGGAAGAGCUGCUGUACGUCCGGCUAAACGUCCGCCAUAAGGAGGAGGCGCCGUUGUCCAAGGAGCUGGUGCAGAAGAUCCAGGCCUGGAACUGGCUUGACGUGCAGCUCUAUAGGUUUUUCCAGAGCAUCUUCUGGCGCAAGGUGGAGCACUACGGCUACGUACGCAUGAAGCAGGAGUUAGCCACCUUCCGGGCCCUGCUGCAAGAGGCCGUGGGGAAGUGUCUGGCGGGGGAACCCGUCGGCCCCGAGGUCAUGGCAGAUGAACUUCGGCCUUGGCAGCCGGGAAGUGUCACCAUUCUGGGCUACAACCUGAGGCAGAACCUCACCUCUGACCAGUACAGGGACUGUUUCCGAAUGGUCUUGCCUGAGCUUCAGUAUCACGCCUACCUCUAUUACAGGCAGUAUGGGAGGGACAUGCGGCCCCUUCCCACUGCAUAA